AUGGGCUGCGCCCCUAAUCAGGCGGACACGGACAAGGGCACAGACACGGACACGGACGUCGUGGCGGGCGAGCUCGGCGGGCUGUCUACGCUGGCGGCGGCGGCGCAGGCUGAAGCGCAGUUCGCGGGCGUCUAUUCCUCCUCCUCCUCCUCCUCCUCCCCUGGGAGUGGAAGUGGGAGCGACGUGGCCGAGUUCGCCCUCGCGCGCGACGGGCCGGGCUUGCUCGUGGCGCACCUGCAGCUCGGCGGCCGGGACGUGCGGGCUGGCAUUGCGGCGGUUGCGGGCAUUGCGGCGGUUGCGGGCAUUGCGGCAGCUGCGGGCAUUGCGCUGGACAAUCUCGACUAG